GAUGAAACACAGCGGGACCUGAGGGGCGGGGGAUUCGCCUUAAGUCGCCGAUUUGUCGCCGAGUAAGGGCUCGUAAAUUCAGCGACGAACAGACUUGAAGGGCAGUUGAACAAUAGCAGACCUCCCCUUCAAUUAAGCAGAAAGCUAAAUAUAUUAAGGACUGAUGAGUCCAUCUUAAUAAAGAUUCUUUGUUCGACAAAUAUCAUCACUUGGUUACGCAGAACGUUGUUAGCUCUUAUCCCAAAAGACCUCAAGUGGUGCAAUUCAUUAUGUUCGGGCCAGGGGUGAUCAACGAAAAAGUACAUCCGUCCACAUAUUUAAGUUCUCAGGAUGUGAUCAUGGUCGUUUUGGCUGGUGCCACUACUCUUUUAAUUUACUGGAUUUCCUAUUGUGUCUUUUUUCAUCCCUUGGCGAGAUACCCCGGGCCGCUGCUGGCCAAGUUCACCAAUUUAUAUGGUGCAUAUCAUGCUUGGAAAGGCGAUAUACAUAUAGACAUACUCCGAUGUCAUUGUAAAUUCGGUGUUUAUGUACGAUAUGCCCCUAACCGUAUAUUGAUUAACUCUCCACAAGCUCUGCACGAUAUCUACGGACAUGGAGCUCAUGUCAGAAAAUUUGACGGAUACAAGAUCUUGUCAUCCCACGCAUUAAAUACAUUAACUCUUUCAAACAAAGUCCAACACGCACGCCGAAGACGAGUCAUCAGCCAGGCUUUCUCUGAAAGUAGUCUACGCAUGUUCGAGAGUCUUAUUGUCUCCAAGCUUGAUAACUUUUGCCAAAUAAUUCGUGGAACUUCACUAGAAGGAGAAUGGACGGUUUCUCAAGAUAUGGCUGAAAAUUUCAACCGUCUCUCAUUCGACCUGAUGACAGCUUUGUCAUUCAAUCUAGACUAUCGCACUAUGGAAGACCCCCGACAUCGCCCCGUAAUGCAGGCCAUUGAAUGUUCGAACAUACGGCUUAGCGUGCUAUGGCAGGCACCUGCAUUAUCCCUCUGCCGCCUAGAUCGCAUGCUCAUGCGAGAUUCAUCGAAGGCAGCUCAAACCUUUGUGGUAUUUCUUCGAGAUCUGCUCAAGUCACGAUUGCGGCAAGAUGAAUCAAACAAUAGGGAUAUUUUUUCUUUUCUGCAGAAAUGCGAAGAUCCCGAGACAGGUGACAAAUUGAGCAUCAAAGAGUUAAGCGCAGAAACUGCGACAUUCAUUGUAGCUGGUAGUGAUACUUCCUCGACGGCCAUGGCAGCACUGAUCCAUUAUCUGGCGGGCUCGGCUCGCUCUUAUGAUCGAGUUACAGAAGAGGUCAGGUCAACUUUUGCCUCACUAGAUGAGAUUAGACUCGGCAAGAAGAUCAAUUCCUGUGUGUUUUUACGUGCUUGUCUUGACGAAGCGCUGCGGUUGUCGCCACCAGGUGGUGGUCCGCUUUGGCGUUUAGUUGAAAACGACGGUACCACUAUUGGGGAUACUUUCUUCCCAGGUGGCUGUGAGGUUGGCGCAGGGGUCUACGCAAUGCAGAAUAGCCCGGAUAAUUGGGAAAAUCCCACGAGCUUCAGGCCUGAACGGUGGCUUGAGAAAGGAGUCAAUCGGCCCUAUUUUCCAUUCAACAUAGGGCCCAGGAGUUGUGUGGGGAAGCCACUGGCUGUUGCUCAGAUCCUGUUGACCAUUGCUCGUUUGUGCUGGGAAUUUGAUUUUCGAAGAGCAGACGCCGGCGUCCCUGUUGGCAUGAGGGACGAUGAGGAGCCAAGCCAAUAUGUUCUCAAAGACCACAUCACGGGGCAGAAAACAGGCCCUCUGCUAUGCUUCUGCCCCAGAUUUUGAUUACCAGAUUAUGUUCUAUUGGCGCAUCAUUAGUUACAAGAUUACUGUCCUGUAUGACCAGACUCUGGCACUAUACAGCGCAUGCAGAGCUGACAAAGAUUGUGAUGACCGCUUACAUCCAGCAUGUUUCACUGUACGCACCAACUUUGCACUAAGUUGUUACGAGCCACGACAGCUAUUGUCACUACUACUAUGGGGAAA